AUUUAGAAAAGUUUUAGAUUCAUCUGUUUAUGAGGAGGAAAAGAGGCCAAGAAAAGCCAGCAAUUUGUCCAUGUGCUUAAUCAGUGAGUGGCAGGGGCAGUAAGCUGGUCUGCUGAGCUCCCUGCACUCCCUGAUCCCAGCUCAAAAUAGUUUCCAGUUUUCAUCUGCCAGUUGCUUCGAAGGCUUUUCUAAGGAAGACAGUUCAUAAAAUGACCCAGAAUUCAUCCUCCUUAGGUGAUAGGAUCAUUACUCCUUAUACACCCCCUAGGUCUCAGCCUAUGAACAAACACUUGUUUGUUUCUCUGUCUACCCUGUUCCAAACCACCGAGCUGGAUUUUGCCAACAAGAAGAGCUGUUUCCUGUGCCUGCCCCUGAGAGCCGAUGGCUCCCCAGAGAUCCCUCACAGUCCCGUGCAGACAGACAGAAUGCAGAAGCUGGCAGAGGAUCCUCCACACGCAAGAUCAGAGGAUGUCCCAGAUCAUCUUUUCUUUCUGGAUACUGCAGGUCUACGGGAAAUAGUGUGUUUUUGCGGGGUGCUGUCCCUUAGGACAAGUGAAGGGCUGAUGAGAAAGGAAACUGUGUGAGGUAUCACAAAGCCAUCCAUGGGGCAGCCUAUGAAAAUAUGUUCACACGGAGGGAAAAUAUCAGUGUUCAUAUAUCCCUUUUAGUGCUGCCUUCCCUUUUCCACUCCCACACCACCCCCAAAACAUUUUAAAAAGUUAGUUUUGGAAGAUUGACUUUGUGUUAUUCUAAAAUGUGUGCACAGUAACAGAAGUGAGAAAGUCAUUCCAGUCUUCAUCUAGUCACCUGAGUCAUGACUUUAAUGCAGCUUCUUUUUGUUCCUCAAUAUUUGAUUACAUGAUCAUUUGCAAAAAUACACUCCUGAAAUGAAAUCACAGUUAGCUGUGCAUUUUGGAGUAGUAUUAGAAUUAAGACCUGCCAUCAAAUAGGUUGCCAUCUAGAAUGUCUAUUCUCUUUACUGUGCCCCAGGGGCUUUACAUGCAUUUGCGACUUUAUUUUCAUUUUAUCCUACAGGAAAAAAGGCUCAGAGUGAAUGGCUAUUUGCCUAAGGUUACUCAGCUAGCGAUAUAAGAGUUAAGAAGAAAUUAUUUAGGCAGAUAGUGAGGGUACGGGAGACUUCCGUAAGGUUUUCCUUUUAAUGAAAAGCAGCUCCCAAAUAAUUUUCUUUUCUAACAAAGAGAAGCCUGUAAAAUCGAGUUGCAGACAUAGACAAGCAAGCUAGAAGCUUGCACAGGUGAAUGCCAGCAGUUGUGCCAACAGGAAAAGGCUACCUGGAACUAGGCAUGUUCAAAAUGGCAGCUCUAUCUUCUCUUCUCUUUGCCAGCCAGGUGUACAGUAAGGAGCAGACAACAUGGCACUGGCCAAGUGGAAAGCCUGUUUGCAUAAUAAGAUUACGAUGGGGUGGCCUGCCUUCCCUGUGUGCUACGUAAACAUCACACCUGAUCCAACCAAUCUGCGGGCCCUACAUAAAUCAGACACCGCCUCCUCCAGCCUGCCUAUAAAAUCUGGUGCACUCCACGUGGGCCAGAAGUCCCAUUUGGAUGCCACUGUCUUUCGCAAGAGGGAGAGCUGUUCUCCUUUCUCUUUCUUUUGCCUAUUACAUUCCGCUCCUAAAGUCACUUCUCACGUAUGUCCACGUCCUUAAUCUUCUUGGUGCAAGACAAUGAACCCCGGGUAUUUACCCCAGACAACACCACCACUUCACUAGGAGUUAAAAGAACGUGAAAUGCAAAUUCAUGGUCAUCUGGUUCCAAAGCCCAUAUUAACAAAAUUUUUUUAAUUGCGAUAAAAUACAUAUAACAUAAAGUUGACCGUGUUAACUAUUUUUAAAUGCACAGUCCAGUAGUGUUAAGUACAUUCACAUUGUUGGGCAACCAUUCUUUAAAACUUUUUAAGUUUCCCAAACUGAAACUCUGCAUCUAUUAAGAACAACUCUUUCUUCCAAUCUCCAGCUGUUAGCAACUAUCAUUCUACUUUCUGUCUUUAUGCAUUUAAUAAUUCUAGGUACCUCAUAUAAAUGAAAUCAAAUGGUAUUUGUAACUGGCUUAUUUCACUUAGCAUAAUAUCCUCAGGAUUCAGUCAUAUUGUUAUAUCUGUCAUAAAUUGCAUUUGUAAUGUCACAAACUACACCUUGAUAUAUUGUGUACUGGUUAGCAUAGAUUUAUAAUUAUUUUUAUGCUUUGCCUUCUACAUUCUAUAAAAGAAUAAAAAGUUGAGUUACAAACCAAAAUUAUAAUAAUUAAAGUUUUUACAUUUGCCUAUAUUUUUACCUUUGCUGGAAAAUUUUAUAUGGCCUAGCAUCCAUUCAUUUUAACUUAAAGGAUUCUCUUUCACAUUCCUUACAGAACAGGUCUAGUAGUAAUGAAUUUCCUCUGUAAUUUUUUUAAAUCUGGGAAGUUUUAAUUCUUUGCUUUUGAAGGACAGUAUUGCUGGAUAUAGAAUUCUCAGUCACAACUUUUUUUUCUUUCAGCAUUUUAAAUAUAUUAUCUCACUACUUUUUUAUUUGCAAGGUUUUUGCUGAGAAAUCUGCUGAUAGUGUUAUUGAGGACACAUUGUAUAGCUAUUUUUCUAUUUCUGCUUUCAAGAUUUCUUUUGUCUUUGAUUUCUCACAGUUGACUAUAUUUUAGUGUGGAUCUCUUUGGAUUAUCAUACUUGGAGUUUGUUGAGCUUCUUGUAUUUGUAGAUUCAUAGCUUUUCUCAAAUUUGGGCAGUUUGGGGUCAUUAUUUCUCCAAACACAGUAGUUUACCAUCACCCACAGUUUCACUUUCCACAGUUUCCAUUGCCAAUGGUCAACAGCAGUUUGAAAAUAUUAAAUGAAAAUUCCAGAAAUAAGCAAUUUAUAAGUUUAAAUCACAUGCCCAUUCUAUAGUAUGAUAAAAAAAAAAAAAAUACUUGUAUUUUUACUUGCUGAAAUUUUUGCCUGCUCUUCUAACUAGGACCUUACAUUCCUCCUCUGUCUAGGAUAUCUACACUGUAUAUACUACCUGCCUGUUAGUCAUUUAGUAGCCAUCUCAAUUAUCAGAUUGACUGUCAUGGUAUCACAGUGCUUUUGUUCAAGCAACUCUUAGUUUACUUAAUAAUGUCCCCAAAGUGUCAUGUAGGUGAUGCUGGCAAUUUGGGUAUGCCAAAAAAAAACAAAAAAAAUUUUCAUGGAGUGCUUCCUUUUAAGUAAAAAGGUGAAAAUUCUUGAUGCAAGGAAAGAAAAAAAUUAUGCUGAGGUUUCUAAAAUCUACAGUAAAAGUAAAUCUAUCCAUGAAAUUGUGAUGGAAGAAAAAGAAAUUUGUAAGUAGUAUAUAUGGGGUUUGAUACUAUAUUUGGGAUGUUGGAACAUACCCAACUGAUGAAAGAGGACUACUGUUAAGUUCUCUGUUCUUUGUUUCUCUCUUCUCCUAAAACUUCAUAAUGAGUAUAUUGGUUCACUUGGUAGUAUCCCAUAGUCUUUCAGUCUCUGUUUACUUUUCUUCAUUCAUUUUUCUAUUGGCACCUUAGACUCAAUAAUUUUAAAUGAUCUGUCUUUAACAUCAAGGAUUUUUUUUCUGCCUAUUCAAGUCUGCCAUUAAAACACUAGGCUGGGUGUGGUGGCUCACGCCUGUAAUCCCAGCUUUUUGGGAGGCUGAGGUGGGUGGAUAACUUGAGGUCAGGAGUUCAAGACCAGCCUGACUAACAUGGUGAAACCCCAUCUCCACUAAAAAUACAAAAAUUAGCCAGGUGUGGUGGCAUGCACCUGUAGUCCCAGCUACUCGGGAGGCUGAGGCAGGAGAAUUGCUUGAACCCGGCAGGUGGAGGUUGCAGUGAGCCGAUAUCGCACCACUGCACUCCAGCCUGGGCAACCAAGGGAGACUCUGUCUAAAAAAAAAAAAUACACUGUAAUAAAUGUCUGAAUUCAGUUAUCAUAUUUUUCAGCUCCAGAAUUAAUUUCUGUUGGGUUCUUUUUUAUAACUUUUAUCUCUGUUUUGUUUUGUUUUGAGACAGGUUCUCACUCUGUAGCACAGGCUGGAGUGCAGUGGCACAAUCUUAGCUUACUGCAGCCUCAACUUUCCUGGGAUCAGGUAAUCUUCCCACCUCAGCCCUACUAGUAACUGGGACUAGAGGUGCACACCACCAUGCCCAGCUAAUUUUUGAUUUUGAAUAGAGGCAGGGUUUUGCUAUAUUACUCAGGCUGCUCUCUAACUCUUGGGCUCAAACAGUCCUCCCACUUCGACUUCCUGAAGUACUGGGAUUAUAGGCAUGAGCCACCAGGUCUGACUAAUUUCCAUUUCCUUGUGAAUAUGUGCAUUUUGUUCAUGUAUCUUUUUUAUUAUUUUCUUUACUUAUCUGCCUGUGUUCUUCUUUGGCUCAUAUCUAAGAAUAUGAGCAUAUUUAAGACAGUUGUUUUAAAGUCUUUGCCAAGGAAGUCUGAAAACUGUGUUUCUUUAGGGUUAGUUUCUGGAGAUUUAUUUGGCUCUUUGAAUGGACCAUACUUCCCUAUUUCUUUAUAUUAUUUGUGGUCUUUUUUAUUGAAACUUGGGCAUG